UGUCUUCGCAUCUUCCUGAUCGGUGUUGGUGAUCACGAAAAGGUCACCCUCCAGGAGGCCUUUUCCCCCUACCUCAUCCCCUCACUUCAUCAAGAUCUCCGAGAGCACAUCGAGACAGCGCUUGACGUUGAUAUGGUUCAAUUGGUGAAUGAAUUUUCACAGGAUCACCCAGGCCAGGGAUCUGGGGAUCAAGAAGGGCGCUCUGAUACCCACGAAAGCCUCAGUGAUCCCACCAGCAAGGAUGCGAGCUUCACCGACGCUGCAGUCACCAACAAUCUAGUUUCCAGAGAGGACCCUGGUACCAAUUCAGCAGCAACUGAAGACCCCUUUGCAGAUGUGGAUGAGGAUGGAUCCCCUGAUGAGUUUCUUGAUGCUUCCGGUUGUGCGCCAUCUGGCUUCGGACUUGACGGCGGCUUGCGAAAGUGGAACAAAAUGAAAUUUUGGAACUACGUUGACGCCAUGCUGGAGCAAGUUCGUGAAAGCGCGCGCACGGAAUCAGAAGGUCAUGCUGCUAGGUAUGAAGAUGCAUAUCGCAAGGCAAUGGUCGAGUUCCUGCAGCUUGAUCUGCAGGAAUUCCCUGGUCGCCGUAAAGUUCCAUCUCUAGCGAAAGGUCCACAGCCUGCAUGGCAGGAGACAAUUCAGAAGAAGCUUUUGUGA